GCAUGAUAAUGCCGGUUGGUUGGGACCAGACUCGAGGUUGCUCAGAUGGAGAACGGAAUUGGGUGGUCGCCUUGUGACGACCAGUGCCGGGCGCAGUGCUGGAGGCCACCUGGCCUGUUGUGUGUUGUCAUCAACCGUGUCCAGUCCCAAGUACUCGGUAGGAGUCAUGCUACGUAGUAUCGUCAGAGGGCAGGCAGUUCACCCGCGAAAGACGAUCGACACCCGCACGUUACACGGCCGGAGCCAACCGACACAUCAUGUGUCUGAAUCUUUCACAUGCCCAUAUAGUACAUGGCACACUGUGCCGGUGGAAAUAUCUCAAGACAGCUGUUUGUCCUGGUGCUUCAGCUUGGCCAAAGCAAGGCCUGGGCACCGCCGACAGAUGGCGGGGCUGUUUUGCGCAAAGGCGACGAUGGUGUGUAUUUCGGACGCAGUGGAGAUCGACGAUUAUCUCGUGUGUUUGGUUGCAAUUCAACAACGCAGUGCGUAUGUUCAAGGGCGAGAUGUUGUUGCUUACAGUCGGCGUUGGCAAUCAAAGGACCUCCGCAUGGACUCUCUUUUCGUGAUAUCCGCAGCCUGUCUGCCGUUCCGCAUAUGCAGGACCCCUCGCCUCCGUAGCUUUGCAGGCACAUACUGUUCCAUCAAUUACUCAAUCAUUCCAAACUUCCAAUUAAUUAAAAUAAGGCACAGCCCUCCAAUUUCGACGAGCCUGUGCCCUCGGCAACUUCCGAAUGAGGACAUGGACACGCUUCGAGGUACGAAGCGAAGCGUCAUGUCUGACCCAAAGAGGGGACAUGACCUGCUGGAGGGAGCCCAAUGUCAGCACGCCAUGGGAUCACGAUGGAUCGAAACGGCCCAGGUGCUUGGACCCCAAACUUGUUGGAACUUGGCGACUAGUGAUGACAUUGACCGUUCGCCGUUCGGGUGAGGAAUUCAGCUUUGCCGCAUCUCAGGGUCAGUGCACUCCGGUAGUCGUACGAUCAGUAGUCGGUGUUCCGUUUCGUGAACAUUGCCACGUUUGUCGUAGCGCGGCCGCGGACUAGUGACGCGCGCGCAAGCCAGCAGGUGGCGUGCGCAUGCCGCUGUGGAGGAUCUGACCUCCAGGCGAUGUGCGCUACGCGCGUAUCGCGACCAAUGGAAAAAGUCCAGUCAUCUCUGGCAGCUGAAGAUGCGGAAUGCUGCUCACCAGCCACACAACACUACACCCCACUGCC